CCUCAUUCGCCCUCCUUUUGACUCUCUCAUACUCAAAGCGCCACCACAUCCCUCUACCACUUGAAGAUGGGCCGCCGAAGCUCGCACCCUCUCCCCCCUUCGCAGAAGUCGCACAAAUUCGAAGGGUACAGCAUCUUUGUUCAAACCUUCAACAACUUCGAUCAGGCGGAAAUCAAGCAAAGUAUCAGGGAGAACUACGGCGAUGUCGUCGACAGGAUCCACAAUGCCGACAUUGUACUAGUUUUACCUCCGCCGACCCCAAAGGAAGGCAACUACGUCUACUACAUGCCGGCGAUGGCGAGGACGGAGAGCAAUGCGCCGAACGGGAGUUUCGAAGGAAUUAUGUUCCAAUUGGGAACAGAGGUCGUCCGAAACAAAUAUUCCAGUGUCGCGAUAUUCACAAUCGGUUGGGUCAAGUAUUGCCUUGGUUUAGAGGGCAAAGUCCGCCCAACCGAUGCGAAAGCUAUAGAGCGGUAUGGCGUGACGAUACAAGUUAUCCCCGACCGCCUGCCGAAUCGUCGCCCGCCUGGAUUCGACAUCUUCCAACCCGCGCCAUCGGACCAUCUCCCGAUGCACCUGAGGGGCCUCCACGGGAUCGGAUUUUACCUUCAUGGCAGGGGAGGGCAGUGGAGCGGUUGGGACGGCGUGAUUAAGUCUCGCAAGAAGAUUCUAUGGCGGUCACCGUUUGCAAUGUAA